AUGGCAAGCACUCGUGAUUCCCAUUCGUUCGCUUGCGAUGAGUGCCGACUCCGGAAGUCGAGGUGCUCAAAGGAGAGGCCAGUUUGUUUGCAAUGCCAGCAGUUGAACAAGGAGUGCAAGUACAGUCCGAAGGUCACCCGGAGUCCGUUGACGCGGCAACACUUGACCUAUGUUGAAGACCGCUUGCAUGCAUUUGAAACAGCCUUGGGCCGACUGUUCCCUGGAGGUGACCUAGAUGCCACUCUUCGAUCUCUUUUGCAGAAUCCAGAGGCUCCCAAAGCACCCUCAUCCAAAUCGUCUUCAAGACAUUCGACCCCAGCCAAGCCCGAGGCAGAGCGGACUGAGCCCGCACCCGAGGCUCUACCUCAGCAGGCAGAUGGCUUCGACUGGGCCGAGAAGGAGCUCGUACUGGGCGAUCUCGCUGAUGGAAUGGCCGCGCUGUCUAUUAAGCCAGAAGGAGCCGGUUAUUUCGGAGCUUCGUCCAGUGUCGUUCCGCUGAGAGCGCUUUUUGACCAUGGAUUUGACUUGAACAUACCGGUUCGCGCAUCAAGAUCUGGUGGCGUACCACUCAAAGCACAGCUCCUUGAGAGCGCUCCAUCUGGCCUGAUUGAACAAGCGUUCAUUGAUGCCUAUUUCCUGAAUUACCAUACAAGUUACCCGUUCGUCCACGAACCCACCUUCCGAGCGCAGUUCAAUGAGCCGUCUCUACGGCCUCAUGGUACUGCUUGGCAAAUCCUACUCAAUACUAUCUUAGCACUUGGUGCAUGGAGUAUCGGAGAUGACAGCUCGGACCUUGACGUGACCUUCUACCAGGAAGCCCGAGCCUGUCUACAGCAAGCAUCUGUCUUUGAAACAGGAAACCUGACCUUAGUCCAAGCAUUGUUAUUGCUGAGCAACUAUGCUCAAAAGCGGAACAAGCCUAACACUGGCUGGAACUAUUUGGGUCUGGCUGUCCGCAUGGCUAUGAGUCUGGGUUUACACAAGGAGUUCCCAGGCUGGAAGAUUAGUCUUCUCCAGCGAGAAAUCCGUCGUCGACUAUGGUGGGGCGUGUUCAUCUUUGACAGUGGUGCUGCCAAAACCUUUGGUCGGCCAAUUCUUCUUCCAGAAGAGUGUGUCAUGGACUGUAAACAAGUCUUGAAUAUUCAUGACGACGCUUUGACCCCACAAACAACUACAUUACCUCUUGAAUCACCCGGGCCCACUCUCUAUUCCGGCUUGAUUGCACAGGCCCAAUUCCACCUCCUUACCAACAGCGUGUAUCAGCGCCUUAUCUCUAGCCCUAGUAUCACGCCCGAAGAAACCUUGAGUCUUCAAAAGCCCAUGGAAGAGUGGUAUAGUGGUCUGCCGUCCUAUAUGCACUAUCCACUGCAGCCUCUCGCCGUGCAUCCAACACAGCCGGAUCCAGACAACCUCGCCCUCGUUCGCAAUCGACUUCUAUGGCGAAAUUGGAAUCUGACGAUUCUUAUUUACCGCCCAAUCCUACUCCGCUGGGCCGCUCGUCGCUGGGGUCCUCACAGCGGUGGCUCUGACGUAUCAUCCGUUGCAUCAUCUGAAGGAGGCAAUGAAGAUCCCUGUGAGACGGAAUGCCGCUUACGCUGCCUCCAAAAUGCACGACUCACUAUCUCUUCCAUCUCUGAGUACAUGGACAACUAUAUGUGCACCAGAAUCGGAGCAUGGUACAUGCUCUACUUCCUUUUCCAGGCUGGCCUUAUCCCCAUUGUCCUCCUUAUGACCGACCCCUCAAAUCCAGAUGCCCCAAGAUGGCUGCAAGACGUCGAGACCACCAAAGCCCUCUUGACACACCCAUCCCUUGGCCACAAUCAACUCGCCCUCCGCUGUUAUGAGGUUAUCAACCGACUCCUUGGCCCAUCGCCAACUAUCAUGUCUGGGCUCCCACAGCACCAACAAAACAACCAACAGUCCUUCCAUCAACAGCAACCGCAGCAAGGGUUCAUGCCGUUCCCGGAACAGUUGUUUGGUGACCCUGGGUUCGGAGGCAGUCUCUUCCCAGUGGAGCAGCAUAUGCCCAGCCCAGGCGGCAUGGACUUCUCAGAAUGGGUUAAUUAUCCAGGUGUCGAGUGA